AUGUUGACAGAACUCAGAAGUGGAAAUGGUCACACUACCGGAACAUUUGAAUUUAGAAGGCAUCGCAUGUAUCCAUCUUAUUCUCACAUAUCGUUGUGUAUAAUGAAAACCUUGUUCAUAAUAAUUUUUUUCACAAGAACUGUUGUUUCUCAAUACUAUUGUGCAGACGAAGUUCAGAAGUGUGCCAUCGAAGCUGAAGAUAAUGAGAGCAUCGUUCAAAACUUGAAAGAAGAAGCAUUCCGUAAAUGCUUCAAGCGUCCUGCAUGCCAUGAGGAAAAGAAGGUUUUCGACCGUUGCUACAAGUCGGCAAUCCGAUCGUUGCGAGGCUCAGUGAGAGAUUCUGCAAAUGAGAAAGCAGGUCAAGAGAUGUUUUCCGUUUCCAUGAUGAACUACAGAUCAUCAGCCGAUCGUUGUUUCCUCAAUUCUCCAUUUGUUCCUCAACGACGACGUUUCGGGCCAGUCAUAUUGGAUGAGGAUAUCGUUUACGCCAGGAUACUUCUCAGUGGAGAACUGGCAGAUAGACUAUGGGGACUUCCUGAAUUGGGAAGAACUCGGCCCAGUUUAGAUACAGCAGCUAUUUGUCGAACUAAAGAAGAGUCCCGCGUUUUCGGAGGUGGUAUAAGCAGACUGUUCCACACUGGAGAUCCAAAGAUAAAUAACUUGACAACUUCGUGUUUAUUAGAAGACUCUGAACUUCUCUGUUAUCGUCAAUUUCUUGAUAACAAUGCUGAGUUUUUACAAGCAAUUUUCCAACGAGACUACAUGUUCAGAACAUGCUUGGCUAGAGUUCGGACCGAAACUCCAUGUAGGAACAACGAUCAUUCAAGACUCCGGACAUGCAUCUGCAACGUUCGCGAACGAUUAGAUCAUGACUUACAGAUGGAUUUGCUGGACUGCGUGCGAAGAACAUCUAUUCAUAACAUAGAAGCCGUACAUGACUCCGAUACGAAGAAAGUAGUCUUGGACAUUCCUAAACCAAAGAUCUCAAAAGCACCAACAAGUCAUUUAACCCCAGGUUUCAUGGUUAAUGGUAACUGCAUGUGUAACCCUGAUUCCAGCCUGAAAUCAUCAGAGAAUGUCAUGAUUUCAUCAGACCUGAAAAUUGAAACGACAUCUUCGGAUGGACUGAUAAGAUUUCGAGAAGACUCGCCAAGGCUGAUGCAACCAUCAGAUGCUCAUUCACAUCUCGAUUGGAGUAGCAGAGAUCACUGA